AUGACUACUCCUGCUGAGGAUUCCACUGCUGCCACCGCAGCACCAGUCGCCAACGAGUCGACUGAGACUCCCCAAAAGCUCCCCGCCCACGAACGUAAGCGUUUGGCCCGUGAGGCUAAGGCCGCCGCGGCUGCUGCCAAGAAGGCCGAGCGCGAGGCUAAGAUGGCCGCGCAGAAGGCCGCCAAGGUUGAUAAGGUCAGCGAUGAGGAUUUGGAUCCCACCCAGUACCGGAAUAACCGUUUGGCUGAGCUCGACACCAUCCGAGCCUCUGGUCGAGAAGCAUACCCCCACAAGUGGCCAGUCGAUUCUACUGUGGCUGAAGUUACUCAGAAGUACACAGACCUCGAGGCUGGUCAGCAUACCGCCGAUGUUGUGUGCUUGGCUGGUCGCGCCAUGUCCAAGCGUGAGAGCGGCAAGCAUAUGGUUUUCUAUGAUCUCUGGGAGGAUGGCCAUAAGAUUCAGGUCAUGUCUGUCGCUCAAGACUGGACUGGUGAUGUUGACUUUGCCACUGCCCACAAGGAGGUCCAUCGUGGUGACAUCAUUGGUGUUAAGGGCGUAGUCGGCAAGUCGAAGCGUGGUGAGCUCUCUAUUUUCCCUUCGGAGAUCCGCCUACUGUCCACCUGCAUGCAUAUGCUCCCUAAGGCCCAGUUCGGCCUCAAGGACCAGGAGGUCCGCUUCCGUCAGCGAUAUCUCGAUCUCAUCAUGAACCCUCAUGUGAGAGAGACCUUCCAGAGACGAUCUCAGAUCAUCGGCUACAUCCGCAGCUAUUUGGGCAAUCGUGGCUUCAUGGAGGUCGAGACUCCUAUGAUGAACAUGAUCGCCGGCGGUGCCUCGGCCAAGCCCUUCAUCACCCAUCACAACGAGCUUGACCUGGACUUGUACAUGCGUAUCGCUCCCGAGCUCUACCUCAAGAUGCUCGUCGUUGGCGGCCUUGAUCGUGUCUUCGAGAUCGGCAAGAACUUCCGUAACGAGGGUAUUGAUCUAACCCAUAAUCCUGAGUUCACCUCUUGUGAGUUCUAUAUGGCCUAUGCUGAUUACAACGAUCUCAUGAACAUGACCGAGGAAAUGAUCUCUGGAAUGGUUAAGUCCAUCUUUGGCACCUACAAGGUCACCUUCCAUCCUGAAGGCCCUGAGGGUCCUGCCAAGGAGAUUGACUUCUCUCCCCCAUGGAAGAGAGUGUCCAUGGUUGAAGAGAUCGAGCGUCAAUCCGGUGUAUCGCUUAAUCGUGAUUUCGCCGCUGAGGAGGCUCGUCAGCAGCUGGACGAGCUGGCUACCAAGUUUGAUGUGGAAUGCCCUGCUCCCAGGACUUCUGCUCGUCUUCUCGACAAGCUCUGUGGCUUCUUCAUUGAGGACAAGAUAGUGAGUCCCACUUUCGUCACAGAGCAUCCCCAGAUCAUGUCCCCUCUAGCCAAGUGGCACCGCUCCAAGCCCGGCCUCACUGAGAGGUUUGAGGGUUUCGUAAUGGGUAAGGAGAUAUGCAAUGCAUAUACGGAGUUGAACGACCCUGUGAAGCAGCUCGCUUGCUUCACCGCCCAGGCUCAGGCUAAGGCUGCGGGAGAUGACGAGGCGUGUGAUGUUGAUAACAGCUUCGUUACAGCGUUGGAGUAUGGUCUUCCCCCCACUGGUGGCUGGGGUCUCGGUGUCGAUAGGCUCUGCAUGUUCCUCACUGAUAACAUCAACAUCAAGGAGGUUAUCCUCUAUCCCGCUAUGAAGCCUAUCGUGAACAAGCCUGUUGAGGGUGAGCAUAAGGAGGAGUAAUAAGAAGCAUGUUUAUAGCGAUUCACACUACUACGUAGAUUGAUAGGCAGAUGGCUGUUAAAGGAAUUUUCUGUCUGUUUCUGUUUUAACAAGACAAUUGAUGCC